UUUCUGGCUGAAGUACAUGGGAGCAGGCUGAGCGUUGCAGGGAAAAAAUAAUCAUGGACGUAGCUUUGAAUGAUAAUUAAAGACAACAUUUCAAGUCUGCUGACUGAGCAAACCGGUUUGCUGCUCCCUCGGACGACUGGAAUAGCCUCCAAUAUCAGGUUGCUACAGUGGUGAGGAAGCUAACUCAGCUGCCAGAGAUUUCAUGAUGGCAGACAGUAUCAUGAGUAAGGCUGCUACCAUGGAGAUCCCCAUUAACAGCAAUGGAGACACAGGGACUCUGCCAGAGGAUGACAGCCUGGAGCAGGAUUUGCAGCAGGUGAUGGUGUCUGGACCCAACCUGAAUGAAACCAGCAUUGUCUCUGGAGGUUAUGGAGGACCUGCAGGGGGCAUCAUUCCUACCAGCACUAUCAAAGGGCCUGCAAUUCGCUUCAACCCUGAGUAUCUGGACAGAAGACGAGCCCCUGCACCAGGACCAGACAUUCGCAUGAAAUCCAGGGGUGUUAGCUUGCCUCACAGUCAGUCUGCAGCCAGUCGACUUGCCCAGCACACAGACCAGCACCCAGGCUCGUCAAACCAUAACUCUAGUAAUUCAAGUGAAGAAGUUUCUCGUGGUGUGGCAGUGGAGAAAUUGGACAGUGUAAAGAAAUGGGGCAUAAACACAUAUAAGUGUACAAAACAGAUGUUCUCCGAGAGGUUCGGACGAGGCUCACGAACAGUAGACCUGGAACUGGAGGCUCAGAUUGAUGUGCUAAGAGACACCAAGAACAAGUAUGAAAACAUCUUAAGAUUGGCCACUGCGCUCACCAGUCAUUUUCAAAGCAUGGUGGAGACACAACAGGCUCUAGGAGACACCUUCACCGACCUCAGCCAGAAAUCCCCAGAGUUGCAGGACGAGUUUGGGUAUAAUGCAGAAACACAAAAGCUGCUGUGUAAGAAUGGCGAGGCUCUGCUGGGUGCCAUCAAUUUCUUUGUGUCCAGUGUCAACACCCUGGUCAACAAAACAAUGGAGGAUACUCUGAUGACCAUCAAGCAGUAUGAAAACGCAAGACUUGAGUUUGAUGCCUAUCGUUCUGAUCUGGAGGAGCUGAGUUUGGGCCCUAGGGAUGCAGCUGCCAUGGUCCGCAUUGAGAUGGCUCAGCACGACUACCAGAUCCACAGAGACAAAUAUGAAAGGCUGCGUAGCGACGUCACCAUCAAGCUCAAAUUCCUGGAGGAAAACAAGGUGAAGGUGAUGCACAAGCAGCUGCUUCUCUUCCAUAACGCCAUCUCUGCCUACUUUGCUGGCAACCAGCAGCAGUUGGAACAAACUCUAAUACAGUUCAAUGUAAAGCUAAAGCCCCCAGGAUCAGACAAGCCAUCCUGGCUGGAGGAGCAGUAAAGAGCGCUCAGGGUCCAGCUGUUUGAGAUGUGCAGUGACGCGCCAGUCAGUGGAGAACUUGACAUUGUGGUUAGAUGGACAAGAAUUAACUUGGUAGAGGAGUAUAUUGUAGGAGCUGUAGCUGCCAGUGAUGAGGAAAAACAUGAGAUAUCUCUUUUGUAAUGUUUUCAGUAUCGAUUAUUACAUAGAUGGAACAACAACAACUUCAGUUGUGUUUAGAAUUUUAGUCACAAAAUGACCUUUUCUUACUUUCUUAUGCUUUAGGUAGCACAAUCAUUUACAUGGACAUCACUUCUUAUUUAUGUACAGUAUAGUCUUCUAUUGUGGAGAUGCCCCUUGGCAGGUUUGCACAUGCAUUAUUUUGUUGUUUUUAAUGUUGUCUAAAGUGUUAUCUUCAGGAUUUCAGAGUAUAUCACAUGGGAGGAAUUCCACAGGUAAGAUUAGCAAAUUAGCGGGAUAAUAUCAAAAAUGUUAUGAAAUAUCCUCUGAAGUUGUAUUUAUUUUUCUUGAGUAUGCAUGAGUGAACCAUAUUUUUCAAAUUUUGUUAAACAGAUUUAAAUCAAAGACAUCAGGAUAUAGCAUCAUUUUCAAAGUUGUCCCACUAUGUUUCUAAUAUCACUUUGUGAAAUACCUCCUUGAAUGGUUGGUUUACAUGCAUAGAAGAGAAUAUAUAUGUAUAUAUAUAUAGUGAUUUUCUUUAACCUAAUAUACAAUUACAAUUAGUUUGAGCUCCUAAAUGGUGGGUACCUUCAGGUGUGUCCCUAUGAAUCCAGCACAGUUACAAGUAUCAGUCUUGUUUACUCCAGAGUUUACACAUGGAAACAAGCCUCAAUUCAGCAUCAAUCCAUAUAUUGGAUGCUUCGAUGAUGAAUAGAAACAUCUCAACUAUCAUAAAGACAUGAAAUUACAAUACAUAGCUUGUAUUUGAUUGACUCUUUUUAAUAGGUGGCGCCAGUGUGCAACUAAACAUUACACCUUUUGAGACUCAUCCUAUUUGAAAUUUUAAAACAUAAACAGUGAAUGGGAAACGGGAUACAUGUAUUCUAGGUUACAAGUUUCAGUGUCUCUUCAAGGACAGAAUGUAUGAGUACAUUUUUCUUAUCUGGUGUUAUUUAUUUACCUGUUUGUACGCAACAUUAUAUGUUAUGUACAUUUCUUUUAUGUUCUAGUCAGCUGAUUGUCUUGUUCUGCAUUUCCAAUAAAAUCUGCUGGAUGUUUUGUUUCACUUAACUGUGCAGUUGACACAGAUCUGUCAGUUUGAUAUAGGCUCUCACGGACUAUGUACAGAAAACUCACAAUAUAUGUAAAAUGUAUGGCGCCAGUAUGUACAUGAUAAUACAAUCUGAUUUAUCUCUAA